GUUGUGGUCUUUGCUGUUGAAAACUUGUAUUUGUGUUAUCAUGGAAGUUAUAAUGAAAAGUUUCAAGAAAUAGAAUGGCUCAACCAGUAGUUGAAGAGUGGAAGUAAAUUACUGUGAAACGACGGAAGGAUGGCAUCCUUAUUCCGAAGUGAGGAGAUGUGCCUAACGCAGCUCUUUCUGCAGGUUGAGGCUGCGUAUUGCUGCAUCUCCGAGCUGGGAGAGCUUGGCUUUAUGCAGUUUCGAGACCUGAAUGCAAGUGUCAACUCAUUCCAGCGGAAAUUUGUGAAUGAAAUCCGACGCUGCGAAGUGAUGGAGAGAAUUCUUCGAUUUUUGGAGACUGAAAUGGAAAAGGAUCAGAUUGUUGUCCAAGAUGAUGGAGAGGAUCCCCAGGCUCCUCUUCCAAAAGAUAUGAUUGACCUGGAGGUGGCUCUGGAAAAACUCGAGAAUGAUUUGAGGGAAGUGAAUCAGAACCAACAGACUUUGAAACAGAACUUUCUGGAGCUCACUGAACUCAAACACUUGCUGAAAAAAACACAGGACUUCUUUGAGACUGAAGCGAAUUUGACAGAUGAUUUCUUCAGUGAAGAUACAAUGCACCUAUUGGAACUGCAGACAGCAUCUGGGGUGAUUGCCCCUGGCAGGCUAGGGUUUAUAACUGGCGUGAUCCGGAGGGAGCGGAUGGCAGCCUUUGAGCGUUUGCUCUGGAGAGCUUGCAGAGGAAAUGUCUACAUGAAGCAGUCUGAGAUGGAAGUCCCCUUGGAGGAUCCAAACACUCUUGUGGAGGUCCAGAAGAAUGUGUUCAUCAUCUUCUUUCAAGGGGACCAGUUGAGACACAAAGUGCAAAAGAUUUGCGAUGGGUUCCGUGCCACCAUGUACCCAUGUCCUGAAUCUGCCAACGAACGUCGCGAAAUGGCUGCUGGUGUGAAAACGCGCAUUGAGGAUUUAAAUACUGUACUUAACCAGACUGAAAGCCAUCGGCGCCGUGUACUGCAAGAAGCAGCGAAAAGCCUACGAAACUGGCAAGUGAAGGUUGUGAAAAUGAAGGCGAUCUAUCACACGCUGAACCUAUGCAACAUUGAUGUGACCCAACAAUGCCUGAUUGCAGAAACUUGGUGUCCAGUCGCUGAUAUGGAUAGAAUCAAGAUGGCACUCAAUCAAGGCAAGGAACGCAGUGGUUCCAGUGUUGACCCCAUCAUGACUGUAGUGCAGACCCAAAUGGCUCCACCCACCUUCAAUAGGACCAAUAAAUUCACAGCUGGCUUUCAGAAUAUUGUGGAUGCGUAUGGAGUUGGGACAUACAGAGAAAUGAACCCUGCUCCCUAUACAAUCAUCACCUUUCCGUUUCUGUUUGCUGUCAUGUUUGGCGAUUGUGGACAUGGAGCAGUUCUGCUGGGUUUUGCACUUAUCAUGAUCAUCAAUGAGAAAAAAUUUGCUGCCCAGAAAGGCGGCAAUGAGAUCUGGAACACCUUCUUCAGUGGACGUUACCUCAUCCUGUUGAUGAGUAUAUUUUCCAUUUACACGGGAUUCAUCUACAAUGAUUGCUUUUCAAAAUCUUUCAACAUAUUUGGAUCCUCGUGGCAUGUUGGGGCCAUGUUUCGCAAUGGAAGUUGGAAUAACCAUGUUAUUGAAAACAAUCUAUUGCUCCAGUUAGAUCCUGCAGUGCCUGGAGUGUUCUCUGGCAAUCCAUACCCAUUUGGUAUUGACCCGAUUUGGAAUAUAGCUUCAAACAAGCUAACCUUCCUCAACUCCUACAAGAUGAAGAUGUCAGUCAUUCUCGGUAUCAUACAGAUGAUCUUCGGUGUGGUCCUCAGUAUUUUUAAUCACGUAUACUUUAAAAAUAAGGUCAACAUCAUCCUUCAGUUUGUUCCUGAGAUGAUCUUCAUUUUGAGUUUAUUUGGUUACCUGGUCUUCAUGGUUAUUUUUAAGUGGUGUUUUUACCACGUUAAGAAUUCUCAGAUUGCUCCCAGUAUUCUAAUCCACUUCAUCAAUAUGUUUCUGUUUAGUUACAAUGAUCCUUCUAACCAGCCAUUAUACGGUCAUCAGCAAGAGAUUCAAAGUUUUCUGGUGAUUAUUGCAAUCAUUGCUGUACCCUGGAUGCUUUUUCUGAAGCCCUUCAUUUUGCGAUCGAAUCAUAAAAGAGCUCAACGCAUGUCAGAGUCUGUGCCAGAGAAUGUCUAUGAUUCACUUGAUGUUGAGGCAGAUAUCCUACAACCCCAGCAAAGGAGCACCAGUGACCAUGAUGAUGACCACAGUGAAGAGUUCAACUUUGGUGAUGUUUUUGUGCACCAAGCCAUCCACACAAUUGAGUACUGUCUUGGCUGCAUCUCUAACACUGCAUCCUAUCUCCGGCUAUGGGCUCUAAGCUUGGCUCAUGCAGAGUUAUCAGAAGUCCUCUGGACCAUGGUGAUGCGCAUUGGCUUGAGUAGUGCUUCUUGGGCUGGCCUGAUUGGUGUCUUCAUCAUAUUUGCAAUUUUUGCCAUCUUAACAGUUGCUAUUCUGUUGGUAAUGGAAGGAUUAUCUGCUUUCCUACAUGCUCUGCGUCUUCACUGGGUUGAGUUCCAGAACAAGUUCUAUGGUGGAGCUGGCUACAAGUUUAAUCCAUUUUCAUUCAAAUCCAUUCUGGAUGGAAAUCCAGAUGAAUAAAGCUGAUUUCAACAUUGUUUUCAACAACGAAUGUUUCAACUACAGAUUGCUUUUGAAUGUCACUAUCUUUCAAUCACUGAUCUCAAUUAAAAUGAUACAAUAGAUUGAUUUACAGGUAAAAUUUAAGGUUUUGAAUUUUACCUGUGCAAAUUUUAGUAUGUAACAUUGAGCUGGAGUACUCCUAAGUGCUAUCUAGCAAAUCUGAUAAGAUUAAAAUCAGUGGAGAAAUGGCUGUUAUGAUCAAGAACUGACUGUUCUAUCAUGUUAAGCAUAUCUGUUAAUAUGCACACAAUUUGAGAUGAGGUUUUCAAUGAAGAUAAAAAUUAACUUUAAAUGAUUUUGCAUUUGCUUCAGGCUGGUAGUGAAAUUUGGUGAAUCACGUGCCAUGUUUUGACCAGGAGUUACAAGACUGACAGUUUCUAGCAUUGUUGACACCUUAGAAAAAGGAACUGGUAGAAGUGAGAACCGCUGUAUUUAAUGGGCAAGCUACUACACCUUAGCCUUCAAAAUGUCAUAAAAUGAUGCAUUGUUUAUCUAUCACUUGUGAAUAUGAUUGCUGUUUCAUGAGAAAUCUUAAGUAAUGUUAAGAAAUUUUACUUGUCAAUGUCAGCCGAAGUCACGGUCAACAUGAUUUGUUAAAAACCCAUUUUAGGGUCACAGUAAAGACCUCCUAGGAAAUUAGCCCAAACAGGGCUCAUGUUACAAAGUCACCAUGUCGGCUCAAUGUGUAAGUUUUCCUUUACUGCCUGCAGGCGUAUGUAAAUAAAAGUCUCUUCUGAGUAGUUGUUUGGAAUUGCCUCAAAAUAGAACAAUGAAAAGAGGUGUUACAGAGAUGUCUGUCAUUGAUUUGGUGUACAUUCCAGUCAUGUUUAAAUCAACAGUUAUCACCAGAAUAACACCUUUUGUGAUUAAAGCAAUUUUGAAUACAACAAA